AUUAGGCGGGAGGGACUACGCGGGAGAGAGAUAUUGAAGGAUGAGUUUCUUAGCAACUACUCCGUCGUCGACGAUUCUCAGUCCGCCGUACACGUUACUGGGCUCCGGCGGGAAAGUAUCCUAUCUGCGACUAGGCAGGGUGGAGGGAUAUCGGCGAGUGACAAUGAGAGGCGGAAGUGAAAACCGGAAGCCGUUGCAGAAGGGGAGGAACCUCAGCAUCGAAGCAAUUCAAGCGGUACAGUCGUUGAAGCGAGCUAAGAAAGAUUUACAACAAUUAGACCGAGUGUAUGAUUCUAAAAUUAGGCGCUUAUUGAAGUUCGAUAUGAUGGCUGUCCUUCGCGAGCUCCUUCGCCAGAACGAGUGUUCUUUGGCUCUUAAGGUUUUUGAAGAUGUUAGAAAGGAAGACUGGUACAAGCCUCAGGUUUCGCUGUAUGCUGAUAUUGUUUCAGUAUUGGCUAGCAAUGGAUUGUUCGAACAAGUACAAAUAAUUCAUUCAUACUUAAAAGCAGAAACUGACCUAGCACCUGAAAUUGAGGGGUUCAACAAUCUUCUGAAGGCCUUGGUUAGUUAUAAUCUAGGUGAACUUGCAAUGGAGUCGUAUUACUUGAUGAAAGAAGUAGGUUGUGAGCCAGAUAAGGCUUCUUUCAGGAUUGUCAUAAAAGGAUUGGAAUCAACGAGAGAAUCAGUUGAUUUAAGACCUGUGAAGAAGGAUGCACAAGAGCUUUAUGGUGAAUCACUUGAGUUUCUAGAGGAAGAAGAUGAAGCAGCUACCGGCAUAUCGACGCACUGAGCUGCGGAUGAACUUGUGGCGAGAAAGAUGGCAUGUUUAUGCUUCCUUGGAAGAAACCUGAAAAUUCUAAGAAAGUUUCAUUGGAUGUGAACUUUUACUGUAUACCGGCUUAAGUCAACCCGGGUUUAGCAGAGGAAAUCUGUGAUAACUUUUAAGGUUAUGUUGGAUCUCAUGAAUAUUGGAUGAAUUGAAAUCGGUUUACAGUUUACUCUCUUCUCCUUGUUAAUGCUUCCGUUUCUCAAGCUUCUGGAAUCCAAAACCUCCCCUGAUUGGCAGUGUCACUAGUCUAUGCAGAGAAGAGCUGAUCAUCUUGCAACAUACUUCAGCCACUCUGUUGCAAGCAUGAGAAGUACAUCUAAGUCUACUCAAGACAGAAAUAGAAGAGAACAAUCUGAAGUAUAAUGCAAGAUGGUUGUUACAUGAUUUCUUUUUCGUUCCAAAAGUACCGUAUUAUACGUAGUAUAACACAUAAGGUACAAACCCGGUUCAGGAUUGCUGCGUAUUUCUGUAGAAACAUAUAUAGUAAGAUGAAAAAUUAUGUGGGCUUUACGCCCAGACUGCUAAUAUUGUGCAGUUUGACUCUGAUAUGAUGAUCUCAAGGUUUAACAUGCCGUUUGCAGGUGCAACGCUGUAGGAAGUAAGUGUUCUUCCACUGCUAGAGGUAACUUCGAAAGAGAGAGGUUGCCCAUGAAGAUUGACAUUGCUUUGCCAGUUUUGUCCCCAGUUCCUUGCCAAUGGAAAAUUACACCAACCACCAUAAUCGGAAGAUAGGCCGUAAUUUGGAGGACAGAAGUCGGUGGCUGUUAGAAUGACGGUCGGGCUUCCUUGCAAGCACCACAAGAUGUGGUCAACACAUCUAAGCUCAUAGCAAGCUCCACAGACGAAGGAGAAGAGUACCUGUAACAAUGGACCCAUCUGUUUCUUUGGAGUAUGUUGCAGUAGCAGAUUUCCACUCUUCAUCCUUAGCCGCAAAGAGAUUGGGUGUUUGCAGAAGAACCAAGUAGACUACUAUAGCUACAAAGGCAGCCAUUUAAGAAGAAUAUAAGGGCUUGAAGAAGCCUGUGCAGUAUGUAUACCUAAAAUGAGCCCUUCGUUCACACUGGUGGCGCGUUUAACGAGGCUAAGGAAAAGACACGCACCCUGUUCUUAUAUCUUCUAGGCCGCCGAUAAUGGGGGCUCAACGAAGCAAACUUGGAGCCUCCAUUUCUGCCAUUAUCGAGGUAGAACGAAGGGUUUGAGGCUUUAUGAAAAUGGCGGCGGCAGAUACAGAGCAGAAAGCCAUGGAAGCCAGGUAUGUGUUCCUUUGCAUUUUAAGAUCCAUGAAUAAAAAGAAGCUUAAGUUAAUAAGAACUCAAAAAGUGGCCUGUCUUGGUUUUGAUUGUUGGACCCCGAAUGUGUUUUUAAAAGAGUGGCUUUUGGUUUAAUGGCUCAUCUUUUCAUAAUAACAAAGGUAGUGGAUGUUCCUAAAAAAAAAUAAA